CUCCGCCUCCCAGUCUAGUCCAGUGUCUAGAAGCCGAGAACAGAGCACCAUCGAGGGGUCUAACUGGCUGUCAACAGAGCUCCUACGGCAGUCAUGGCGGCGCCGUUAGCCCACUUCGACGAGGACUGGCAGGAUUUUAACGAGUUCAAGCCGUCCUCGGCGUCGGCCGACCAAUUGGACCAGCUGAACUCAAACGUGAGCGAUCCUUCGUCGGGCCUAGACGAUUUCUCAGACCUGGACAACAGUUUCUCCGGGGAGAUCUGCAGCUUCAAAUCGAUGGAGGACCUCGUCCACGACUUCGACGAGAAGCUGACAGUGUGUUUCCGAAACUACAACAGCACGACAGAAAACAUAGCCCCCAUUAAACCUAUCACAGAGGAUAGUUACUUGAAAGACGACGAAGUGUGGAACGCUCUGACAGAUAAUUAUGGCAACGUGAUGGCUGUGGACUGGAAGACAUCGCACACUCGCUCCCUACACCUGCCCACCCUCAACAUCACUGAGCAUGAGAAGAAGAGCCAAGAAACAAAUAAGUUGGAUAACCAAUCUCUGGAUCUGUCUGAUGACGAGGAGCUCAGGGAGCAGAUGGAUAUGCACUCAAUCAUCGUCUCCUGCAUCAACGACGAGCCGCUCUUCACAGCCGAACAGGUGAUUGAGGAGAUAGAGGAGAUGAUGCAGGAGUCUCCAGACCCAGAGGACGAUGAGAGUCCCUCACAGUCGGACCUGUCCAUGCUCUCUCAGGACCUCCAUGCCCUGAAACGCUCCGGCUCCAACACCAGCUACGAGGACCGGCUGCGUCAGCUGUCUGUGUCUGAACUAACCGAGACUCUGGAGGAAGUGGAGACGGCCAUCCGCCGCUACAGCGAAGAGCUGAUCCAGGCUCUGGCCCUGCGAGACGAACUCGACUAUGAAAAGGAGGUGAAGAACAGCUUCAUCUCGCUGUUGAUCGACGUGCAGAACCGACAGAAGGAGCACCGCGAGCUGCUGCGGAAGAAGAAGAAAAUCCGAAGUACGACUACAACCGGGCCCAACGGCCAGAGGACCGCCAGCACGCACAUACCAGGCACGCUCCUCACUCUGGAGGGACUCUCCAAUGUCAUUCAGAAUGGCCUCCGUCAAACUUUUGGCAACACAGGAGGGGACAAACAGUACCUAACCACAGUAAUCCCUUAUGAGAAGAAAGCUGGCUCCCCGGUGGUAGAAGACCUCCAGAUCCUCACAAAGAUCCUCCACGCCAUGAGGGAUGACAGUGAGAAGGUUCCUGCCCUGCUAACAGACUACAUUCUCAAAGCUCUGGUAUGAGAGCAGUGGAAACUGAGUGCUUUGUCCCACGUAAAGCCAAAGGAAAGCCUCCUGUUUCCAGAACCAUUCAUUGGACCAUCAGAAGAGGGUUCUGGUAAUCUGGAAGAACCCAGAUAAUGGAUUCAAAAUCUUCCUUUCUCCUUUUUUUUUUCUUCUUCAAACCAUAGACUUUCUUUCCUUGUGGCAUUUCUUUUUUACUCUGCCACUGUUGUUGUUCUUAAAGUUUUAACUCUAGAUAUAACUCCUUGGUCUGUAUAGUUCUUUUCAUAUGUAAUGUUUUAACUUUUUAAUGCCUGAGUGAUACAACCCGGUAAGUCCUGACUGCAUGAUGACUUGUCUAUGGAUGCCAGUAAUCAGUAUUACACCUCACUUCCUGAUUAGCCAGUGGCUCUUGAAUUGAGAAGGGGCAGGUGUAUAUUUUAAUUCCAUGGGCUUCAUCAGCAGGCCUGUCAGUGUAGCUCAUGCCUGACGGGGAAAAACAAAUCCUGGGGGAAUCCAGGCCAGGCUGGUCGUGGUAUUGAGCAUAAAUCCUGUGUUUCCUGUAUGAAAACCUUCGCUUUAGUGGCAUUUGCUGAUUGAUUGCCCAUAAUGUCUCGGGGGUUGAAAACUCUGCUUGCUAAAGAUUGAAGAGCAAACCCUUUAACUUUAAAAUCGUAGGUUUACCCAUCUUUGCAUGUUGGUUUUGGGUUUAUGCUCAAUUUUGGCUGUUAGUUGAAUGUUAAAAUGAAAUAUUUUGUAUACGAAUAAGAGAAAUUGCACAGUUUUUGGAACUUUUUACUUUUUGAAAAAGGGAAGAAAAAAAAGUUCACAUGACUUAAGAAGGUAAUAGCUGGAUGAACAAACAUAUAAAGCAUAUUUUCAGAGAAGGAAUUGUUUUUAGUGAGAUUAGGGACUUGCCAGUAGCCACCUUUUGUGACCACACUGCAACAUCAUUUUGUAAAUGCUGUCCAUUGACCUCUGAGCCCUCAAAUAGUGACCACCCCCAACAACUUUAUCACUUCCCCAGGAGUCGUCAUUACAUGAGUCUGAAAAUACCUCGUAUAACAUAUUUGCAUUAGUAGAAAAUGACCCAACUGGUCGUAUCAUUAGGAUAAAUAAUGUCAAUAAGAUUAUGAUAGGUUUGUAAAUUGUGUAGUUAAGCUUCUGUUAUAAGUUGUGGGGUUUUCUCUGUCUGUUAACCCUUAAACUGUUGUGGAAAUGUUGUGGUAGCACUUUAGUCUGUCAGUGAUCUGGUCAUGUAGUAGUGGAAUAUGUGGUUGAUACUUAAGAGUACGUCUCACUAGAUUAGUGUUAGAUGAGGCAUAUAAGCUUUAGCUAGUGGUGCCAAAACACGUCCGCAUGAGGAAUUGUUGUCAUGCAUCCAUCUAUUAACCUUAUUAAUCAUCGUGAGCAUGAGAACUUAAACCACCUUAAAGGGGUACUCCGCUGAUUUUACACAUUACAUUUAGUUUACACGCCAUACAGAUUACUGCUCAGCCGGUAACACGGUCGUAUAAUGCCGUCUGCAGCUCUGGAGGACUUUUGUCAAAGUUGAGAAGUUGACCCUGAUGAUGUCAUAAGGGUCAUCUCGGCUUGGGCUUGAGACUACAAAUUUAUAACUGAAAGCCUUUGUUACAAACUCAGUGCAUGGAGUUUUGAAAAGAUGUGGGUCAAAUGAAAAAUACACUAUCGAGUUGCAUUAUGGGAAUUGUAGGAUCCAGUGUUUUUGGAGCUUGCCCCAUACUAGAGACUAAAACUUAGAAUAUCUCAGCCUCUGCCUAAUCAAUUUUGAUCGCUCUUUUUUUUUUUUUUGUCUCUUGCAAGUCUCCACACAUCAUGGUAGUGCAAUACUAAAUCACUGGAGCACCCCUUUAAAAGCCCAUACCAGCAGUCUAGCACUGCAGGUCUGUUGGUACACUAAAGGUUCAGAUCACCAGCUACUACAGGUGCACCACACACUGUCAGAUCAGGUCUAGUCUAGCUCUCAGGUACGAUCAUCAGUGUUAGUAGUUUAAAAUCUUAUUCUGAAAGGUACUGACAUUCCUGAGUCUUUGUAUGUUUCUGGCAACAUUUGUAUUAGCUAGACGUUGCUGCACUUUUAUCUUUUCACAAAUUUCUUUAAAUACCUGGACGAGCCAGUGGAGGCAAUCACGGUAGCCUCUUGACUAAACCAGGGUAGCAUUACAGAUGUUGAUUUAUGUCGUGAUUUGUUGAAACACAAUUUAAUGCUUAAAGUCCUAGACUCUGAUUAGUAGUGUAGUUAGCAAUUAAACAGCAAAGUAGCAUCCUGCUUGGUGUAGCAGUCUUGUGACAAUAGCGUAGAUGCAGUUGUAACAUCUAGCGGCUUUGAUUUCUUAGAAAAUGCGUUAAUAUGGAGGAGAAGGUGAAACUCUCUUGAAAAAGCAAUCUACUUUUACUGGUUAAACUUUUUAGGCAUGUUUCACAGAAGAAAAGGGCAUAGGAAGAUGACGAAGGGGUGUGAUAAAGUUAAUGGAUGUUGGGGAAGAUUGCACAAAGGGUUGCUUAAAUUUGAGGGGUCUAUUUUAUUCUUUUUAAAGGAGACAAAAGCUUAUAGCUCUAUAUUGACUAUUUAUAUGUAACUGUUGUUUCUACUGUUGCCAGCUUUGCAAACAUUCACAACCUAGCAUGUGCUACAUGCACUUUACUGCUGCAAACACAUUUCUAAUAAUGAUUAAUUUGUUGUUUACAGACAUAUGAAUAUCACACUAAAAGGGACAAGUGCAUGUCGCAAUGGAAUGCAGAAAAACUCAAAGCAAAUAAGCAUUACAUUUAUACUGUUGAGAAGAAAAAAUAAAAAAGGGCAAAGUUAAACAUCAGAUGUUGUGUGGCAGUGAAACACACGAGUCACUUAGAGGAAAAACAUCCCUCAAUUGAUCCUAAUCUUACAAAAGCUUAAAUCAUCUUUUUAGUUUUAUAAUGAAAUGGCGGUCAGCGUGGCAGUCACUGGAGGAUCUGGAUCCCGUCUCAGGCCAGAACCCCUUGUCUGGUCUCUUAUUAGCGACAUAUCAGUGUAACGACAAUUUAGAGAUUUAUAUUUAUAUAUGUACAACAAAACAAGCAACAGAAAAAGAGGCUGCCUUUGUAAAUGCCUGAACUAUUUUGUACAUUAAACCAACUCCUUUUUGUUGAAUGCAAUAUAAUUCCUCAGUUUGGGGUUUUAUGUUUACUGUCUCAUGUGGUACUGCAGUAUAUUAAUUUAUUAUGUAAAUGUUCAGUUUUGUAACCAUAUUAUUGACUGUAAUGGUGCAAGUGUUUGUGCCCACAUUGCAUUGCAACUCAUUUCAAAUAAAUUAAUAUGUAAA